AGCACUCCUGUCCUGGGAUUGUCUUCCAUUUUUAUAGCAUUCGAACUGAAUUCUCCACUGAAUUUUUUGUUAGUUUGGCGACUCGCCCCAAUUUUCGCAUAAAACACAACCGCUUUAUGAAAGCCGAUUUAUCGUUUUUCAUUCAUGUGUAACCAGUUAUUGACCAUCGACGGAUUCGUAAUUGAAUCACAGAUCGAUUUCUACUCUCACUGCUACGAUUUGUAUUUCAGAAGAGCAAAAUGUGCCUCACUAUGUGUACCCAGAUUGUGUACGGCGUUAUUAUGUUAGCUUGUCUUGGGCUGACAAUGUUCUCGAUGUUCUCGCCAAAUUGGAGACAAAUCAAAAAUAUCACUGAUGUAGACAAUAUCGGCGAUUUAUCGAAGGAAAUUCAAAACCUUCCUAAGCAUGUAGGAUUAUUUUCAUUUUCGUGCCGCAUGCCGGGUGGAGACGGAGGAGAGGGAAAGUUCGAUUUUAACUACUGCAAAGAUUGGUGGAAGAAUUUGAAAACAUGGGAAAAAGUGGUGACUGUGGCGAUGGUAGUGGCAGCAGCUGUAGAGGUGUUUGCCCUGAUUUGGGAUGUACUUUCAGCGUGUGCAUGCUGUUGUAAGUCAGCAUUACUGACUCCGCUGACAUUAGCCGCUUUUUGCGCGACUGUCGCUCUCGGGGUGGCCGUCGGCGUAUACGGGUACAAGAACAAAGACGCGUUUGAAGGUGUAAAGGGUCUUGACGAUAUCAAAGGCAAGCUCAAUAGUGAGGUCGGCAGCUCGUUCUGGCUCUAUAAUGGGCUGUUUGGGUAA